AAAGAAAAAGGAGCAAAGGCAACUGUAGUUGGCGGCAGAAACGUCGUAAACGGUGGUGCGAAACAGCAGCGAUAAACAUAGCGCAGGAAGCGAUCCAACGAAGGUCCUCCUAUGUUCAUGCCAACGGGAGGGGGUGGGAAGGGAAACAGACCACAGUCAACACACCAGCAGAACCACAGCCACCAGACCCAGCACCACCAGACGUCACACGGCCACUCACAUUCGCACCACCAUCAUCAAAACCAGUCGCAGCAACAGCCGCCCCAACAGCAGCAACAGGCGCGCGUUUCCCAUCUACAUCAGCAACAGGAGCAGCAGCAGCAGCAGCAGGCGGCACACGCAGUGUUUGUACCGCAGCAGAGCGGCGUCUCGAAUCUAGGUAAUCUUCAUCAUCACCACCAUCCUCUACCGCAGCAGCAACAUCAACAACUGCAGCAGCAGCAACAGCAGCAUCAACAGCAACAACAGCAGCAACAUCUUCAGCAGCAGCAGCAACAGCAGCAGCAGCAACAUCAUAUACACCAACCGCCGAUUUUCUUCUAUUCAAACCAACAGCCACCGGCAUUGUCGUAUGUGAGCCACCCGCAGCACUCGUCCAGCAGCAGCAGUAAUGGCAGCAGCGGUGGCGCCGCUCUUCAACUGAGUGGCGCCGCCAGCAAUAGUUCGCUGGGGCAUGCCCAUGGCCAUAACCAUCACAACCAUGGUCAUGGUCACGCGCAUGCGAAUGGCGUCCUUACGCCAGUCAGCAGCAAUACAAGCCUGGUGUGUGCCCUCAGCAAUCCGGCGCUGCCGCCAACCUUUACGCCAUCAGCUGGUCUGAUCGCGCCCCCAGGCGCCAAUGGGCCUGGGGCUGGCACCACCUACAUUUCGGCAACAUUCUUGCCCUUAAAUCAUCCCGGACUGAUUGGCGCACAGCCUAUAACGUAUGCCCCAAAUGGAGGCUCGGCAGCGCCCUCUGGCACCUUCUAUGCGGCAACAGGUCAACAAAAACAACAGCUGCCGCCUGGGCAGCAGCACGUCGUGAGCGCCGGGCCCGCCCCCAAUGCAGGCCCACAGCAGACGCUAACCUACUAUCCCCAGACGUUGCCGCCAGCGCCGCUGAAUAACAACAGCAACAAUAAUGUGGUGGGCGGAGGAGGGGGCAACGGCGCACACCGUGCGAAUAUUCGCGGUGGUCAACGCUCGACGCCACCCCAGCAGCCCUAUUAUACCUAUGCGGUGCCCACGGCAGCGCCUCAACCGCGUCCCACACUGGUUAACAACGCUCCAGCGGCCGCUGUUGCGCCCAUUCUGAAUCCGCGAAGCACGCCACUCAACGGAACAGCAGCGUUUCAUAUUCCGCCGGCAUAUAAUAUACCGAUAGUACCGCAGACCAACCUGACGACAGCUCCGAUGCUAGCGGCUGCAGGCAUGACCGCAGCUCCAACGGCUCCCGCAACCGGGCUGCACACUUAUCCACCACAUUUGCAGGGCACAGCUCCCACUGCUGUGGCUGCUGUUGCUGGUGUGGCUGCAGGCUUUCCGCCGACCUCGCUGACAACGGCCUCCCAGCUGGCUGGGAAUGACAAGGUGAAGGAGCGCCGGCAUGCCAUACCCAUCAUACAUCCAGACACUAAAGAGAAUGUGUUGGACCCCAAGUCAUCGGUGUUCAUCAAGAAAGACUCGAACUGCACACUGACAUCCAGCACGGGAAGCGAGAGCAGCCUGCCCCAAUACCAAUUGUCCGGCAUCUCAGAUUCAGGGUCCUCUACUCAACUAAUUACCGGCGUCAUGGUGGAUCAUCAAAUGCAAACGGAUAAAGCAUUGCAACCACAUAGCACCACCCACUCAGCUGCAGCUGCAGCCCUCCCACUGACUGAUGAAGACAAAGUCAGCGUCAUUGUCAAGGACAUACUGGCCCACUCGGGCAAUCCGGACGAACACCUCAGCUUUUGGCAGUUGAAUGACGUGGACAACACCUCGGAAAAUGCAACUCAGUCAACUUGCGGCAACAUAAACGCAAAUUACGACGAUUUGCCGCCUGCAGCUGCAACAGCAUCAACAGCAUCAACGGCAUCAACGGCAUCAACAGCAGCAGCUCCAGCUCCAUCUGCCAGUUCCAACGCCCCAGUGAUGUUCAAGGAACCGACGGCUAAGAAACAGCGCCCCAAGUCAGCGAACAAACAAAACACAGCCACGCCUACGUCUAUAGCCAAUGCUGUGGCCGAAGCAGCAACCUGCAGCAACAAGAGCAUAAGCAUUUUAACAAGCAUAAAACAUAAUCCAGCUCCUCAACAACAGCCGCAGCAGCAACCACUCUUGCAGAAUCCACCAAAGGCAAUGAACGUCAGCUUGGGAUCCGAUGCGAGUCCGUCGAGUCCUACAAAGACGAUAAAGCCAAGAAUAUCUGGGCCGUACAACCAGCAGUCGCAAGCAAAAGGGGAACAGCCGUCGACUUCAUCCUCAGCGACUUCGACGCCCACGCACCAGCAGAAGGCGCAAUCGGUGCAACAGCCGAAGCAAGUUGGCGGCGCCACAGGAACAGCGGGAGGAUCAGGCAUGCGCCGAGCGGUAAGCCCAAGUCCUGCCCGCCCAGCUGCAUACACUCCGGUAACACCUGCUGCGGCCGUACCAUCAAACAAGAAGAGUCAGCGAAAGGCACAAAAGCGUAAGGAGCAGGAAAAGAAAAAGCAAAAGGCAUCAGCGAACAUCACAAGCAGCGCCACAGCGGCCAGCAGCGGCGCCGGCGCCGGCACCAGCGGCAGCGGUAGCGCGGCCAACAACACUAACCACAAUAAUAAUAAUAACAGAAGUGGCGCCACAAACAGCUCCAAGAGCAACGGCAACGGCAAUAAUAACAACAACAAGGCUGCAGGUGGCGCCGACACCAUCAUGACAUUUGUGACAACAACUAAAGCGACAGCCGCAGUCGCGUCCGCAAUGCAGGACAAAGCGGCGUCAACGAUGACUGAUAAGCUUAGUGCAACUAAUAAUAAUUCUAGCUUAAGUUCUAGCGUAAGAGACAAGAAACCCAAAGAGCAGCAACAGCACCAGCAGCAGCAUUCGAGCAACAACAAUAACAACAACAACGAUGCAGCUGCUAGUGAACACAAAACAGACUAUAAAGAUGAUUCGACCCAACAGCUGGACAAACACAUGGCCAACGAGGACAUUGUGGCAAAGUUUCUUCAAAAGAGUUUUGAUGAUGCACCCAGUCCAGCAGAUACACAGCUAGAAUUUUUAAACAGCAGCAGUUCCAUGUGUGACGAUACGGACAUGAUAAGCGAUCCUGCUCCAGCCGACAAGAUAACUGAGAGUAAUGCUGACGGCGAACUGAACGAUAAUAAUGCCAAGUGCGUUGAUAACAAUGUGGGCGAAUUGAAGUUUGGUGACUUUAAUGAGGAGGCGCCCGCUGAUAAUUCCAGUUUCAUAUGCAGCUCCACCUGGUCCAGCUCACAGCCAAUUGAGGUUACCAGCUCUCAAAGUACAAUGUCUGAGGAUAAUGUGGAUUGUGCGCCUAAGAGCAACAUCCAAAAGAUUGAGCCACCCAUUAAAAAGAGCUCCCCCAUGCAUCAGACGAGCAAAGCAUCUGGAUCCCUUCAAAGGGCAGCAGCUGGAAAAGUGUCGGCGUCAUCUUCAAAGAGUGCUAGUGUCAGCAAGUUCAUAAGAUACAACAUUGAUGAGCUGCGCGAGCUGUCGAAGCUCAGCGAUUCGCGGAAGCCUCCGCUAGUUCCCUGCCAGAAAGGCGAUUGUAUUUCACAAUUGUUCGUGUCACGACAAGGGCAGCAGCAGCAGCAGCAACACCAUCACGGACACAAUCCGCAUGGACAGCCGUAUCAGCACGCGCACGAAUCGUUGGAAUAUGGGACAGGUAAACGCGGACGUGGUCAUGGCCAUGGACCGAAUAAGAAGCAUCAUGAAGGACAUCAGCCAAUGACCGGCAACUCGAGCGGUAUUAGCUCUGGACCUGGUGGAAUGAGUAGCUCCAAUCAGCGACAUAUGGAUAUAAUACGUGUGCAGCUAUCGCUUAAGGAAGAGAUUAAAUUGUCAGAGUGCGAGAAUGCCUGGCAGCCGGAGACACUGCGUCGUAUGUCAAUGUUCAACACAACAGAGCCAGACCAAGAUGACGACAUGGAUGUGGUACUGAAGAAAGUUCGUGGCAUACUCAAUAAGUUGACUCCUGAUAACUUUGAGGUGCUGCUCAAAGCAAUGUCCAGCAUCAAUAUGGAUACUCAACGCAAAAUGACAAAUGUUAUGCUGCUUAUUUUCGAGAAGACCAUCAGUGAGCCCAAUUUCGCACCUACAUAUGCACGCUUUUGCAAGGUGCUGUUCCAUGAGAUUAAGGCAGAGAACAAAUCUCUGUUCACCAGCUCGUUAAUAACCCGCAUUCAACACGAGUUCGAAUCGAACGUAAAUGAUGCCAAUGCCAAAGCCAAAAAGUUGCAGCCCACGCAAGAGCGCAUCAAUGCGUGCCAAGAUACGGCCAAGAAAAUUGAACUGCGGGCUGAAAUGGAAGACCUUGAAUAUCAGUUCAGGCGUCGAGCCUGGGGCACUGUGCGCUUCAUAGGUGAACUUUUCAAGCUGCAAUCACUUACCAGCGAUCGUGUGCUGCACUGCGUCGAAUCGCUGCUUGAACAUGGCUGUGAGGAGAAGCUGGAGUAUAUGUGUAAGUUACUGACCACUGUUGGCCAUCUGCUCGAAGCCGGCCCGCCCGAGCAAUACCAGAGCGGUGCUCGCAUCGAGAAGAUCUUUCGCCGAAUACAGGACAUAGUUCAGCGUUCACGUGGCGGCAGCACCGGCAGUCGACAGCAUCAGUUUAAUAUUAAAAUAAGCAGCCGUGUGCGAUUCAUGAUGCAGGACGUGCUGGACUUGCGCUCACGCAACUGGGAUCAGCCAGUGACCGCUCACUCGACCUCUGGCAGUCGACAGCGUCACAAGCAACACGAAGAACCCAAAACACAGCAGCAGCAGCAGCACAGCGUGCGCGGCAGUCAUUUGCCCCAACAGCAGCAGCAACAGUCCAACUACCAGUAUCAACAGCAGAAGCAACAUCACCAUCAUCAUGGUUACAAUGACGGCGGCAAUUACUUUAUGCAAAAGCUGCCCAAAACUCAACAGCAUGAAAACCAAUCUCUCAGCAUAGAUCCCAAUAAGCUGCGCUUCAGCAGCAGCAACAACGACGACACUGCAACCGCCAAGCUGGGCAAUUCCUCACAUUAUCAGUGGCGCAAUGCUAGCAAUCGUCCAGUUAGUGCUGCGCCAGCUGCACAGCCCACUUUACUUAAGCGCUUGCCGUCGACGAGCUCCUUUACCUAUCCGCCCUAUCAGCAGCAACCGGCUGCACAGGUGGGCGUGCCGACAGUAGCCAACAGAAGUCAGACUUCAGAGCCGGCCACCCCGAAAACUGAGUUUGAUGCGAAACAGUGCCAGGAGAUGCUCACAAAGCUCGUCGAAGAGGUGCUCAGCACCCGCGAAUGGCAACCAGAGGUGCUCUACAUUUGGCGUAAUUCGAACGUCAAGCAGCAGGCGGCCGUGGCCAUCAUACACUACAUCCUGAUGGAUUAUGUGCAUCGUGCGGAGGUGAAGCGACAGCACCGUUUGGCAUGCGCAAAUGCGAUUUCCUAUCUAAUGCAACAAGAGAUUUUUGGCAAAUCCGUUUUUGACCUGGCGUACAGCCGCUUCGGCGAGGAGUUUCCCGAUCUACUGGUGGACGUACCCAAUGGCUGGACCUAUGUGUUUGAGUUUCUCGGACCCAUUAUGCAUGAAGGUGGACUCGAGUUGAAGGACAUUUGGCAGCCGCGCUGGCUGGAGGAUCCGCAGUUCACUGAACGUUUUGUACGCGCUUUUGUCAGCUACUUUGUGCAAGAAUUUGGCGCCGUAUACACACACAAGCUAUGGCAUAUAGACAACAAGCUGGAUCGAGGCCAGCUGUUUUGGAGCGAUGCUCGCAAGUAUCGUGACUUUUUGCAAUCGAAUAGCUUUCAAUUUCUGGAGCCCAACAGCACAGCGACAGUUGGCAUGCAGCGGCAAAAGGUUACACGCACCCAGGCGGAGCAUGUGGAGCGGAUAAGCUACCUGCUGCGGCUGUCUAGUGACACCGCCAUUGACUAUAUCAAUACCAAUGUGCAUAUAAAUGCGAGUUUUGUGCGCCACCUGACCAAAUUCCUCUGCUGCGACUUCGCUUUAAUCAAUGAAUCAACCAAAAAGAACAACAACAACAACAACCAUAACACAAACAAGAAUAAACUGCAAUUGCAGUUGAAUGUGGACAGCUUCAGGCGGGAUUGCACUCCACUAUUGCGCCUCUGCAUUGAUGCCCAAGAGACGCACGAGAUGGCAUGCAUUGAGGAGACAGUCGACGCACUGCAGGAGCACUUUAGCCUCGAGCUGGACGAUGAGAUGGCUGCGGGUGAGGCAAUCUGUAGCGCUUGGAGUGUGCUCUACGAUUGCGAGGUAAUAUCCCGAGACACUUUUGAGAAGUGGUUCAAGCAGGAAUUUGAGCACUAUCCGAGAGCACUAAUGGACAAAUUGCGUGCUUUCAUUGAGGAAAUGUAACAGUCCCACAAUCAAUGCAGGAACAAUAACAACAACAACAUCAACAUCGAAGCAAAUCGCAGGCAAAAUGAAUAAACAAUAUCCAUAUUUAUGUAUAUGACAAUUGAAACAGCGCCCUUGGGCCCUUCAAUCAUACACCAUGCGCGGUCGUAUAUACAUACACAUCUAUAAUCCAUAACACAUACAAACAGAAACAGAAAACACAGAACAUUGCAAAGAAAACAAACAAACAAAUGACAACAGCGAAUAUUAUAAACUAUUGCAAUAAACAAAAAGCAUAAAUUAAACAAAAACGCAAAUGGAAUUUCGGCGGCAAACAAAAAAUAACAAA